AUGUCCUGCGAAAAGGAUGAUCUGAUAUUCAAUAUCGGUGAUUCAGUUGCUGGUUACAAGAUAGUCGAAAAAAUCGACGAAGGAGGUUUCGGUCAGGUAUUUAAAGUAGUUAAAGGCGAGAAAAUAUACGCGAUGAAAAUCGAAUCGAAUAUGCAAGAAGGUGGUUCAGCAAUUAAGCUAGAAAUUGAUGUUUUAAUGGAACUGAAAGCAAAAAAAAUCAGCAAUUUUCCUAUGGUUUAUCAGGCGGGAAAAAAGACCAAAUAUCAUUUUCUCGUGAUGGAAUUGUUAGGCGAAAAUCUAAAAAGCCUCCGAUUCAAAAGCUCGAAUCCUGAUUCACUAACUCCGAGUACUUGGUCAAGAAUAGGAAUUCAAUGCCUCUAUGUAAUUAAGCUUCUACAUGAUUGCGGUUUUGUUCACAGAGACAUCAAACCUUCAAACUUUGCGAUGGGUCUUGGGAACGACGACGUUCUGAAGGGUCGAAUUGUAUAUCUGUUCGAUUUUGGACUUGCAAGAAGAUUUGUUCUCAAGUAUAAACCACAAGAGAAUGGUUCGAAUCGCCAAAGAAAAGGCUUCAAAGAUGUUUCUGUUUGUGUGGGAAUCGAUGAAAAAGAGCCAAAAAAGGAAAAAGGCAGUUUGAUGGAAAGGAAGAAAACGAAAGAAGCCGACGGAAAAGGGUCCAAAAUCGCGCCAUCGUCUAAACGAAAAAUCAUCAACGCUUCACCAGAUGCUUCGAAAUAUGAAGAUGGAACCAAAAGCGUUCUUGGAGCUGACAGUAAUAUUAAUGCACAAAUUUAUCGUUUUCGAAUUGCGCGACCUCAUACAGAUUUCCGCGGCACCCAGCAGUAUGCUUCGCCAAACGCCCACGCCCAAAUUGAAUUGGGCCGAGCCGAUGAUGUUUGGUCUCUGAUGUACAUGCUCGCUGAAAUGACCAAUCCUCUUCCUUGGGCUUUGCGCGAAAAUGAGGAACUGCCGAUUGAUGAUUUGAAAAAUCAAACACCGCUCAAUGUUUUGUUCAAAGACGGCACGGAUUUCACGAUGAAAAUCAUCUGA